AUGAACAAUUCCUUCCAACCGAAACACAAUUUACAAAAUAGUGAAAAUAACGUGCCUAAAAUCCCCAAGCUAGACGAUGAUUAUCAAAUAGAAGAAGAAGAUGGUGAUGUUUUAGGCCAUAAUUCGGAUAGAGAAAGCCAGAAAGGUGCCACUGAUCAAGGUGACUCUUAUUUACAACAAAAGCAGUCCACUGAAGGUUCUACGCACCCAUACAACAGCUUAUCGACUGGGACCAAUUUCAAGCCCACAUCUCCUGUAGAUCAGCCAGUAAAGAAAAAGUAUGAUUUCAGCAAGGCAAUAUGUAUGAAAACGUCAGACAGAAUCUUCGACGACUUGCGAUCAGAUCCAUUGUUUUUGAUUAAGGGUGAAGAGGGUAUAUUGUCUACUCCUACUGCAAGAUAUUCAACUACUUUAUCCAAGCUGAGCAAAACUACAGGUUAUAAAUACCAACCGGCGUUCUGGAGUACCAAUGACGAGUUGCUCGGAUCAAGCCAAAUUACCGAAUUGGAUGGGAAUACAACAUUACAAAAGUUUUCUGGCUUACUAGUUCCAAACCAUCAUUCUGGCUCUGACUUUUCAAAUUUGCAACUAUUUCACUAUUCGAUUAGUAUUAGAUAUUCAAACAAUCGAUUGAAUGUAAAGAACAGUUUUUAUGGCUUUUUGGAUAACGAUUUAUUUGAAGAAGACAGAAUUUGGAUAGAGCCAACAGAUAUUAUGAGGGACACAGAUUCAACAUCUGACGAAGCAAGACAAAUAUUGAUUAAAUCAUUACCCCAAUUUCUUGAUUCUGCCACGUUCAUUUCAAAAGAGACCGGUACCCUAAUACGAAUUGAGAUAUAUCCUGCAUUUUUCCAAGGAAACGAUUUGGAAUCAUUCACUUUGACCGAGAUACAAACUAGGAUAGCCACAUAUAACUCCCAAGUUGACCGAAGCGAAUCGUUCAGUAAUGUCGACAUAACACCUUACGAUUGUUUUAUCAAACUGAAGAAGGCACUUUCUGGAGCUUUGGCACAUCAAGACAUCAAGGAUGUCAAAUCGAUAGAUUUAAAAGCGACGAAACUGCAAGUAAUGAUAGAUCUUCAGCUUUUACUAGACAAGUUCUUCUUCAUUUUGACGGAAAACGACAACUUGGGCCAGCUUACUCCAAUCCAUUUUGCAUCACUCGGAGAUUACUUUUUUGUUACUCAAGAUUAUUUUAAGAGAGCGAUCUUAGAGACUGUUUAUUAUAUUGCCCAUACCUCAGCAAACCGCAAUGAUUUCUCCAACUACUUUUCCUAUUCUUUUCAUGACAUUUUUCAUUGUGUUAAAGAGUUCGAUAUAACCAAUCAAAUACAAAACUGGAACAAUUGGAACGAUCAGUACUAUUCAGAUCCUAUGAUUUUGUUAUCAAUAUGCCCAUUCUACGGAGACCAGUUGAUAUGCCAUAUUUAUGAGCUUUUGAUUGCAUUUGAUCCACAAAACAUACCCUUAUAUUUUGACGCGUUAACAUAUUGUGCUACCUCCAGAUAUUCUGAAGAGCUUCCUUAUUAUGUCACAAUAUUGAAGGGUCGUGGACAACUGGGUUUUGGGGAAAUGAAAAAUAUUUUUGCCAAAUUAGGCUUCAACAAUGCCACAUCUUGCAUCGCAAUGAGUGCAAUUUCAGAUGAGCAGUUGUUGAACGCUUAUCGUAACCAAUUGAUUGUUGCUGCUACGAAAUACGAAAAAGUUACCUUCAGGGAAAUGUUAGAUAAGAUUGCAACUUCCAGAUCAAGUGAUCUUUUGAGAGAAUAUUUGAAUACUGAGCCAUUUUUUGAUAUCUAUGAUGCUUACAAACUACUAGACAUUGAUCCAUCAUUUGAUGACUCUUUACUGAUUACAUUUUACGAUUACAAAGCUUCUGAAAAUGGUCUUAACUUUGAUCCGAAUGUUGCACGUGCGUUUUACACAAUUGUUUUGGCAAGAAAGAGUAUUCUUUUAAUGAGCUAUAUUGAUACCAACUUGCCCCAGUUUUCAGUUUACGAUAUGUCUUUGCACGAUGCUUACCAAUUUGUCGGGUGCAUGAAUACAGCCGAUGAUUUGGUAGUAGUACGAGUUUUCCAAGAAAGAUUGCAUAAGGAUACAAAUAUUGAUUUCCGAAUGCUAUGGAAGUCACUGAAAACCAUUGGUGAACAUAGGAAAUCAAAAUUAAUUGAAGGAUAUCUUACAUCGGGUAUUGUGAAUUCGACGCUGCUGUCAACCGAGCAAUCUCCAGCAGGUUUGAAUAAUAUAGGUAACACAUGCUAUUUGAAUUCUCUAUUGCAAUACUACUUUGUGAUAGAGCAACUAAAGGAUUAUAUUCUAAACUUCAAUGAGGUUUUCAGCGCAGAAGAUUUUGAAAAGGAUGAGAAGUAUCAAAUCCGGAGAAUUGGUGGAAGAACAGUUGGAUUGAAAGAAACAGAGAGAUCAUAUCAAUUUAUGUAUCAGUUAAGAGACUUGUACUACCAGUUGAUUCAUGAGAAUGACAAGUGCGUAACACCAUCGAGAGAGUUAGCGUAUUUAGCGUUCAGUCCUAUCAGCUUUGAGGUUGAAUUUGAAAUAGAAUCAAAUGAGAAAGAUGAUUCCAGUAAGAAUUUAGAUGCCGACAAAUUGUUGACAACUGCUGCUGAGGAUGACGAAUCCAAAAAGUUAAUCGAGAUGUCACUGAAUGAGUUUUAUAAAGGCGAAGGGCCUAAUGAGGACUCCAAACCCGUGGAUGAUCAAGUGAUUGACUUGACUAAUGAUGAUGUAAACUCUAAUGGAGAUGGUAAGAAGUCAAACAGUAAGCUAACAACUGAUACUGAUAAUGCUGAUAAUAGUACAUCAGAUGACGGAAGUAUUUUAGCUCCAGAUGAGCUUCCGAAGGAACCAGAGAAGAAGAAAACAGCAGCAGUGUGCAAAAUCAGUGCUGAUCAGUUUGAAUCUGCAUUUGAAAUUGGAAGUCAGCAGGAUGUCACUGAGUGUAUAUCAAAUGUUCUUACCCAAAUUGAAAGUGCCAUGAAACCAGAUAUUUUGGAGGAAGACAAUGAACAAGUCGACAUGGUAAAAAAAUUAUUUUACGGAAAAACGAAGCAAAGGUUGGUACCUGUUGAUAGCAGAACAAAGGAGGAACUUUUGAACGGAAAUGUUAGAACUAAAGUAGAGAGUUUUUUGAACUUGAUUGUCAAUAUUGGUGAUCACCCAAAAGACAUAUACGAUGCCCUUGAUACAUUUUUCACAGAGGACCUACUGGAACUUGAAGAUGGAGAGGUUAAGAGAUCCCUCACAAUUAUUGAGUUACCGAAUAUUCUACAAAUCCAGAUUCAAAGAGUGCAAUUUGACAGGGAAAGACUUAUUCCAGUCAAAUCAAAUGAACCUAUUCCUUUUGAGGAAAAGUUGUACAUGGAUCGUUAUCUAGAAACGAGUGAUCAGGCGAUCAUCGACAAGCGGACAGAAUUGUUUCACUGGAAGCGUCGUGUUCAGGAAUUGAAUCAAAAGAAGCAAGAAAUUAUGUCCACCAACGAGCAGGGCAUGUCGAUCCGUGAUGUAUUGAAGGCCACAAGAAGUUAUCUUUCAUCAGAAAGCGUGAAAGAUCUGGGUAUACCAAUCGACAUGAAUACACUAGAGGUUCUUGACCUUGAAAUUGAUAGACUAGAAAAUGUUCUACUGGGGAUCAAUAACGAGUUGGACAUUUUACACAACAAUAUCAAUAAACAGUUCAAGGGUUUUAACAAAGUGGGUUAUUCUAUUUUUGCCAUAUUUAUUCAUCGUGGGCAAGCGUCAUAUGGUCAUUACUUUAUUUACAUUAGAGAUCCAAAAUCCAAUGUUUACAGAAAGUAUAAUGAUGAGGUUGUCAGUGAAGUCCCUGUGGAAGAGGUGUUUAACUUUAGUGAUGGAAAUACAGCUACUCCGUAUUAUUUAACAUUCAUCAAAGAUGAUUUGUUAGAAAAAAUCACUCCUUUGCAAAGGGAUAUUUUUAUCAAGGAGAACGUUACUAAGUUAGAAGAGCUAAACAAAAAUUCCUAUGUCGCCUCUAACGUUGAUAACUUGCAUAUGGACGUAGACUAG